AUGGAAUGGCAGCUGGAGAGGCUCAGGAGUGGAACCUUCAGGUGUGAAUGCGCUCCUAAUAUCUGGGGAGCAGCAUUUCUGUGCACUUCUGAGCCACCUAUACCACAGGCGCCCUUGGUGGUACAUAUAGCUGUGCCGGCUCCCACAGGCUCCCUUGAUGAGGUGGCACCUAUAGCUGUGCGGGCUCCCACAGGCACCCUUGAUGAGGUGGUACAUAUAGCUGUGCCGGCUCCCACAGGCGGCCUUGAUGAGGUGGUACAUAUAGCUGUGCCGGCUCCCACAGGUGCCCUUGAUGAGGUGGUACAUAUAGCUGUGCCGGCUCCCACAGGCGCCCUUGAUGAGGUGGUACAUAUAGCUGUGCAGACUCCCACAGGCGCCCUUGAUGAGGUGGCACCUAUAGCUGUGCCGGCUCCCACAGGCGCCCUUGAUGAGGUGGUACAUAUAGCUGUGCGGGCUCCCACAGGCGCCCUUGAUGAGGUGGUACAUAUAGCUGUGCCGGCUCCCACAGGCACCCUUGAUGAGGUGGCACCUAUAGCUGUGCCGGCUCCCACAGGUGACCUUGAUGAGGUGGUACAUAUAGCUGUGCGGGCUCCCACAGGCGCCCUUGAUGAGGUGGCACCUAUAGCUGUGCCGGCUCCCACAGGCGCCCUUGAUGAGGUGGUACAUAUAGCUGUGCCGGCUCCCACAGGUGCCCUUGAUGAGGUGGUACAUAUAGCUGUGCAGGCUCCACAGGUGACCUUGAUGAGGUGGUACAUAUAG